UUCUCUGUGUCAGAUGUGUUCAUCCUCAUCCUACAUAUUUACAGACAUGUAGCAAAAAGAAAUCCAAAAUAAAAAUUCGUUUAGCUAUAUAAUGUUUUUGUAUAUUUUGUAGCAUAUCCUAGUCAUAAUCUAAUAAAAAUCAUAUGUGCAGUGAUGAAUAUGUAGAGUGUUGUCUUAUAGAUGGAAAGUGAUACGUAAUUAACUAUGGUUACAAAAGUAAUUUUGGAUAAUAAAUUAUUAUUUUAGAGAAUACUUUGUCAUAUAUAAACAGCAGGUUUCAAUUAUUAGAAUAAUUUACUAAAAUAAUGUCUGAUUUGAGACAAUUGAUUAGAGAAUGGUUAAAUGAGUAUACAGCAUUACAAGAAAAUGAAAUAAAAAGUUUUGCAGCAGAACAUGAGCAUAAUCAUGAAAUUGCUACAGCUAUCUUUAAUUUGUUCUUUAAAGAAGAAGAAGAACUUAAUGACUACUUAAGUGGGACCCAAGAUAUUGAUGAAGAGUUACUUGAGAAUGUCUGCAUACAGUUAUUUAGCUUCUAUAGAUCUAAAGAAGUUGAACUACAAAGAUUUACAUUACAAUUCAUUCCAACUCUCAUUAACAACUAUUUAAGCUCGAUUGCAGUUGGAAACUCAAAAGCAGUGAGAUGUAUAGAAACUCUACUCAUUGGUGUAUAUAACUUUGAGGUUGUAGACGAAAAUGGAAAACCGAAAGUUGUGUCAUUCCGAUUACCAUCCCUUGCACAAUCGUCCAUCUAUCACGAGCCUUUAAGUUUGGGAUCACAAUUUUUGACUGAGGCAUCACUGCGGAGGUGGGAAGAAUGCAAUACAAAACUUGUGAGCUGGGGUCCCCUACCACAAGUUGACAUUUUAAAUGCACAGAAUCGUUUAAAAGUAAUGGCUGCUUUGUUAUUUAUUUACAACUGUCAACUCAGCCUAUUGCCAAAGUUAUCCUUAAGGCAUUUUUGCAUCGCAGCAUCAAGAAUAGUGAAUCAAGGGUUUUAUAAAAAACAAGGAACACCUAAGAGUAAGCCUAUACAAAGAGUUCCUGUUUCAUCAAAUUUUCUACUGGAAAUGAUUGAGGGUGCUUAUUUUUCUAUGUUUAAUGAAUUUUACACUCUUGCCUUUCAAGCUAUUAAGGAUAUUGAUCAAAGGGCACAAUAUGAACUACUGCCGGAGGUUAUGCUGGUCACCAGUGCUGUCAUUAAUUCGUUAAAAAAUAAUCCUUCAGGUCAACCAUGUGAUGGACCAAUGGGCAUAAGUGUGGCACUCUCCCCCGCCACAACAACUGUCACAAUGUCCAAAUCAAUGAUUACAAACGCAUCUUUUCGUACUAAAAAAUUACCAGAUGACAUUCCAAUACAACCCGGACAAGCAGUAGCACCUGAUACAACAGAUAUACUGACAGCAAUAUCAGAAGAAGUCGAGGCUGAAAGUGCUACACAUAUACAAAGAGGAAUUGCCGGACGAAACUCUAAACCAAAACUCACCAGCGCCUUCCCUGUUCUGGGCAAAAAACCGAAGGAUUCUAAAGAUAAAAUAGCAGAAAAGAAAGUAACAUUAAAGGAAUCUUCUUCAACAGAGAAGAAAAUAACAUUGAAGGAGUCUUCUAAAAGCAUUUGGGGUACGAUUAGUGGAGGUGGUGAUAGUAUGGUAGAGGCUCAGCAAAAAACAACAGAUUCACAUGAUGGUAGUGGGAGUCAAAAAGAUGAAAUAUCUAUGACCUCGGUGCUUAACAGCACUGAAACAUCAGACUCAAGGUCUCAAGUUACAACGGAUUCACUGGACACAGAAACAAGUUCUCGAAUUGCAGGGAUGCAAGUCAGUUCAGUGUAAUUUACAAUCAUUUGUAAAAGUAUUAUGUAUUUGGUGUUGUCUCGGAAGGUCACAAUAGGUCUUCUAUUAUGUUAUGGCUAGGUUCACAAGAAACUUACUAAUUCCUACAAGAACAUGUUGUUAUUAAUGUAAACCAUGAUGUGUUGAAGUUCUUCCCGCCACAACACAAAAUUUAACUUUUGUUGCCUAUGUCAGCAAAGCUGUUGUCAUUCCUCUGUUGAAGUAUAUACUCCAAAAAAUAAUCUACUUGCAUUUAGUGCAUAUUUGAUUAAUCACAUGUUGGGAUAUAGUUGUAUUAUUUGUGAUUGCGGCUUCCUUUUUAUUUUGUAGGUGCUGGCUCAUAUAUUCAUAAUAUUUCAUGUUACAAACGUAACACUUGUCAUAUUCUAUAUUAAAGACAAAUUUGAUGUUACUGUUUGUUACUUAAAAAUGUAUUUAAUGGUGAAAGCAAAUGUUAUAUCUUAAAUUAAUUUGUAUCAAGUUUAAAUAAAUAUUAAAAUUA